ACCACGUCUGCAGCGAGGAGAGAGUGGGGAAAGGAGGGAGAGGCAUCAAAAUAAGCCGACCGGAGAAAAGGAAAGAAAAGACAGCGAGAAGUUAAGAUUGCUUCAUGAAAACAAAGUCGGCUGCAACAUCUGGAGCGAAACGCCAUCUGAAAUUGGACAUAAAAUACGCACAGCCUCCAUCUUCAGAGCCCCCCUUCAGACUUGCUGCUUCCAGUACGCACUAAUUUGGUUAAAAAUCGCGAAAAGAAUGCGCAGACUGUACAAAUACCUCUCGUAGUUUAAGUAACUCCAAGAGUGAGACGCACUGCUGCGUAUCAUUUGGAAUCUCUUCUUGUGCUUUGCGCCAAGUCAAUCUCGGCUGGAAAUUCGUUUCGUGGGAUUUCGGUUGUUUUUUGUUUUUUUUACAGAUAUGUUUUGACACAUAGAAAAGUGAAGAUUGUGUGAACUGUAACAGGGAGAUCUGUGAGUUUUUUGGUAGUUUUUCCCCCCCCUCGGAGAGUCAAGCGAUGGCACCAAGGCUGAAAUCGCUUGUCCGACUGCUGCUGCUGGCGGUGGUGUGGGAGCUGAGCGCACAGGGAACCACGGAGCGACAAAUCAAUCCAGAGUCAUGGCUACAGCAGUAUGGUUACUUACCCCCAGGGGACAUGCGGACCCACUCCCUCCGCUCACCUCACUCUGUGCCCUCCGCCAUCGCCGCCAUGCAGAGGUUCUACGGCCUCACUGUCACCGGCUCCUUUGACCCCAAAACCAUCGAGGCCAUGAGUCGGCCACGCUGUGGUGUGCCAGAUAAGUUUGGUGCCGAGCUGAAGACCAACCUGAGGAAAAAGCGAUAUGCCAUCCAGGGCCUGAAGUGGGACAAGAAAGAGAUCACUUUCUCUAUACAGAACUACACCCCGAAGGUGGGCGAGUACGAGACCCACGAGGCCAUCAAGAAGGCCUUCAAGGUGUGGGAGAACAUCACCCCGCUCCAUUCGGAAAUCCCCUACAGUUACAUACGCGACAAGGUGGAGGAGUUUGCCGAUAUCAUGAUCUUCUUCGCCGAGGGUUUCCACGGUGACGCCAGCCCGUUCGAUGGCGAGGGAGGCUUUCUGGCACACGCCUACUUUCCCAGUCAUGGCAUCGGUGGAGACACCCACUUUGAUGCAUCUGAGCCAUGGACGAUUGGAAACCGGGAUCUGCAAGGUAAUGAUGUAUUCCUGGUGGCGGUGCAUGAACUGGGUCACGCUCUGGGUUUGGAGCACUCCAAUGAUCCUUCAGCCAUUAUGGCUCCCUUCUACCAGUGGAUGGACACAGAGAACUUCAUACUUCCUGACGACGACCGAAGAGGCAUACAGCAACUUUACGGGACUGGAUCGGGCCUCCCUCCUGUGACGCCUCAUACACCUUACAACCCCCAGCCCACCAACUCACCAGACAGGCCUCGCUUUGGCCCCAACAUCUGUGAGGGACACUUUGACACCAUUGGUAUCCUCAGAGGAGAAAUGUUUGUGUUUAAGGAUAAGUGGUUCUGGCGAGUGCGUAACAACCACGUGCUGGACGGAUACCCCAUGCCAAUUGGUCACUUCUGGAGGGGUUUGCCCACUAAUAUCAAUGCUGCUUUUGAAAGGGAAGAUGGGAAAUUUGCUUUCUUUAAAGGGGACAAGUACUGGGUGUUCAGUGAAUCUUUGCUGGAUGAUGGUUACCCCAAGAGCCUGAGGGAUAUGGGUACUGGGCUUCCCAAAGACAGAAUAGACGCUGCUCUCUACUACACCCCCACCGGACAGACAUUUUUCUUCAGAGCAAACAAGUAUUAUCGUUUCAAUGAAGAGACACAAAGUGUUGACACUGGCUAUCCAAAAUCUGUGAGUGUUUGGCAGGGAGUGCCUGACAACCUCAAGUCGGCCUUCAUGAGCAAAGACCAAGCGUACACCUACUUCUACAAAGCCAACAAGUACUGGAAGUUCAACAACCAGAUGAUGCGCGUGGAGCCUGGAUACCCUAAAUCAGCCCUUCGUGACUGGAUGGGCUGCCCCAAUGAAGACCCCAAGACAGACGGAGGAAGAGGCGGAGGUGGACACGACAAAGACAAGGAGAAGGAGAAGGACAAGGAGAGGGAGGAUAAGGACAGAACUAGAGAUAGAGAGAGGGAGAGGGAGAGGGAAAGGGAAAGGGAGAGGGAAAGGGAGAGGGAGAGGGAAAGGGAGAGAGAGAGGGAGAGAGAGAGAGGAAGGGAGCCUGACACAGGGAAGGGGAAGGAAGAAGAUACGGAGGUGAUCAUAAUUGAAGUUGACAAGGAUGGAGGGUUAAGUGGCGGCGCAGGAGCAGCGGCAGUGGUGGUGCCGCUAUUCUUGUUGGUGUGUGUGAUCGCAACCCUGGCAGCCUUGGUAUUUUUCCGUCGGUACGGUACCCCACGCCGACUCCUCUACUGCCAACGAUCUUUAUUGGACAAAGUGUAGACGGAAAAGAGGAGGAGGAGGAGGAGGAGGAGGAGAGGGAGACAGGAGAGGAAGACAAUGAGAGAAAAAGAAAAAAGUGGAAGGUAAUGUUGAACACAGAUAAUCAAGCAGAAUAGAAAGAGAUUUUUUUUUUUUUUUUUUUUUUUUUAAAGGAGAACGAGCAGAAGGAAAAGCACCAGACAUGCAUUUAAAAAAAAAAAUUCUUACCACCGCCAGAUUCCUUUUGCUCUAUCUCUCAACCACUCCGUCCUUGCAUUUUUUUAAAUUUCUCUCCUUGCCUCUCUCCUCGUGGAUACUGACGCCAGCUCAUUGCUGUUUGUUUUAGCCUUUUUAAAUGUCUUAUUUUUUAGUUUUUGUCAGUGGUCAGUGUUUGUGUCAUUGUGAAUUUACGCUUCGAAACCUGCAUCUUCACGACGCCCAUUCUAGCAUGUUUCUUCAUGUAAGCAACCAACGUGGUUGAUCCUUAGUUUUUUCCCCCCCUUAGUUGACUUGCACACUCAUAUGUAAACUCACACAGAUGCAUUUGGAAACCACAGUGACACAAUCACGGUGUUUCUUAAUCUUCCAGUAAAGUUUCAGUGUCAGAGCCAAUAUGGACCUUAGAGGGUAAACAAAACACUAAUCUACUUCCUUUUGAAGCAUGAGAUCACAUCGCAGUCGAGCAAUAAAAAUACAGCUGUGUCUUUUCCUUUUUUAUAUCAAUGUUUUUAAUGGUAAUUAUUAUUUUAUAAAUGAUGUUGUCAUUAUUAUUAUGACUAUUACUAUUAUUAUUGUUGUUGUCCUACGUGUAAAGAAUGUGUUUUUGUACAUUGUCAUUAAAAAGUCCUGCUGGACAGUGACAUACAGUUUUGAAAGUGGCCUUAAUUUUAUAUGUGGGGACAGUGAAUGGGGAAGGGGGUUAUGUGUUCUUGAAACUUGAUUGUCUUUUUUUUUUUUUUUAAUCUUGAAACCAUCUCAAAUGAAAAUAAAUUGAAGAUAUAAAAAAUGACUCCUUUUUGUCAUUGUACUUGUUUACAGUUAUUAAAACCAUGGUGCUACAUUACUAGUCAGGGGAUAUAAGUAGUUGCACAACAAUGAUAAUGAUACUAGUGAUGAUGAUGAUAAUGAUAAUGAUCUAGUUGCCUCCAUGAGAUUGUGUCUGUGUCCUUAUUUACUUAUUUUUUAAAGCUUUUCCUACUACUAAAUAAAGUAAUUUCA